AUGGUCAUAUAUGGAGUUUAUAUAGUCAGCAAAUCUGGUGGAUUAAUUUAUAACUAUGAUCAUAACAUACCAAAAGUAGAAACGGAAAAAACGUUUGGUUAUCCUUUAGAUAUUAAGUUGCAGUACGAAAAUAAGAAAGUUGUAGUAGUUUUUGGCCAGAGAGACGGAAUAAAUGUUGGCCAUAUGUUAUUAUCUAUCAAUGGAUCUCCUGUCACUGGAUGUACCACAGAAGAUGGCAGGGAUGUAUUUGAUAUUAUAGCAUCUAAGGAAAACUAUCCUUUAAGCCUUAAAUUUGGAAGACCAAGAGCCACAACCAAUGAGAAAAUAGUAUUGGCCAGUAUGUUCUACCCAUUGUUUGCGCUUGCAAGCCAGCUUAGUCCAGUGCCAAAGUGCUCUGGUAUUGAGAUUUUAACAGCUGACACCUUUAAACUGGCCUGCUUUCAAACACUAACAGGUGUAAAAUUCAUAGUGGUAACAGAUCCAAACAUGCAGGGGACGGAUGUUGUCCUCAAGCGUAUUUAUGAACUGUACUCUGACUACGCCCUGAAGAACCCAUUUUAUUCUCUGGAGAUGCCGAUCCGAUGCGAGCUGUUCGACACAUCGCUGCACACGUUACUAGAACUCGUGGAGAAAUCGGGGACUGCUAAUUUAUAG